UUUUCAAUAGUUUUUGCAAAAUUACCUCAAGAGAAGAACUUUCGCUGUUUAUCGGAUGAAUGCUGCGAUAAGCAUCAAUGGUGCAAGUUUUGGGCAUCGCUUGAUGAGUGUUUUCUUAAUCCUGAAUGGAUGCUCGAGAACUGUCAGAUUUCGUGCAAUUUAUGUCCUAAUAAAGCUCUGGCAGAAUCAAUGAAUCCGUCAAAGCCUCGACUUUUUGCGGCUACUGGGGUUUUAGAUGAGUGUAGAAUUUUGGCUUCGAAGCUUGAAAACGUUGCUGAAGAAAUGAUUAAAAAAAAAUUGCUCAAUCCAAUAGAAGAUGCAUUUUCUAGGCAACUAUUAUCUGUUGAUGAUAUUACAAAACAUGCACGUGUCGGCUGUGUUCCACAGCUGACAAAUGCCAGUUGCUCACAAUCACUCUGUUAUCACUUGUACUACCGCAGCUUUGACGGUGCAUGCAACAACUUAGAAAAGCCUCUUCUUGGAGCCGCUUUUCGACCAUAUCUACGGCAGCUACCUCCUGAGUACGAUGAUGGCAUUACUGAACCAGUCGGAUCUUUAAAGCGAAUUCGUCCAUCAGCGCGCGGAGUCUCAAGGUUCGUUCUCUCCAGUCGUCAAGUUGUUACUCACAAAAGAUACAAUGCAAUAAUUAUGCAGUUUGGACAGUUCAUCUCUCACGACAUUGCCAAGACGACGUUACAACCAACAACUCCCUGUUCAACCUGUAAACCAGUGCCGUCAAAAUGUAUGGUCGUCAGAGUGACACGCAGCGAUCCAAACUUUUUGUUUAAAAAAAAAGAGUGCUUGAAAAUUUCUCGUGCCGCACCCGUUUGCGGUGUAUCGCCUCGACAGCAGUUGAACGAAAAUACAGCUUUUGUCGAUGCCUCAACGUUAUAUGGGUCUUCACAAAAAGAUAUACACAAAUUUCGCGACGGGCGGACAGGAUUUUUGAGAAUGAAUCGCUUCAAUAACCAAGUUGUACUACCUUUUGAUCCAAUGAAAUGCCCCUCAUUGGAGAAGUGUACCGCCUCAUUUAUUGCCGGAGACGCCCGCGUUAAUUUAUUCACUGGCCUUUCAGCCAUGCACAUUUUGUUUGCUCGUGAACAUAACAGGCUUGCAUCGGUAUUGCACAGCACUAAUCCCAGUUGGUCUGGCGACCGUCUAUUCCAAGAAGCACGAAAAAUAGUUGGAGCAGAAGUUCAAGUUAUUUUGUACAACGAAUUUCUGCCUAAAGUUCUCGGAGACGCUUAUAAAAAUGUGAUAGGGUCAUAUCAAGGAUACAAUCCUGAAGUUGACCCAACAAUAUCUAACGUCUUCACUGCUGCUGCUUAUCGCUUUGGUCAUGGAAUGUUACAAGAAUUCUACACAAGGCUUGACACGAAUUUCACUGCCAGUCAAAAAGGAUUUACGUUCGCGGAUGGAAUAUUCAAAAUUGGUAGAUUACUGUUUGAAGGUGGAAUAGAUCCUGUACUUCGUGGACUCAUGAUGACACCAGUUAAGAAGCCGCAUCGACUAACACCGUCGAUAACUGAAAAAAUGUUUGGAAGUACUGACUUGGGCACAAUAAACAUUAUGCGAGGUCGUGACCACGGACUGCCAUCAUACAACAAAUGGAGAAGAUUCUGUGGCCUUAAAUUUGCCACUGAAUUUGAUGAUUUCAAGAAAGAGAUCUUAGACCCUAAAGUUCGACAGGGCCUUUCUAAAAUUUACAAAUCACCAAACGAUGUCGACCUUUAUGUCGGAGCUAUGGUCGAAGAUCCUGUAGCAGAAGGCCUCGUUGGGACCACAUUGGCUUGUCUUGUUGGAAAUCAGUUUAAAAGGUUGCGGGAUGGAGAUAGGUUUUAUUUCGAAAAUCCUGGAAUUUUUACUGCCCGACAGUUGGCUGAGUUACGAAAGGUAACACUAUCUAGGAUCAUUUGCGACAACGGAGAUGAAUUUGACACGAUACCAAAAGACGCGUUUUUGUUUAGCGAUGAAGAUCUUAGUAGCUGCAGUACAAUAGUUAAGAUGGAUCUGAAAGAAUGGAAAGAAUAA